AUGUCGCUGGAAGCUACGAUGAUCAUUGUCGACAACAGCGAAAGCAGUCGCAAUGGAGACUACACAUCAACCCGGUGGCAAGCUCAAGUGGAUGCCGUCAGCAUCAUCCACAGCGUCAAGAUGCGCGCACACCCACAGUCGGCUGUCGGUCUUAUGAGCAUGGGCGGCACGGGCCCCGAGGUGCUAUCCACCUUCACCACGGAUUUCGGCAGCAUUCUUGCUGGUCUGCAUAACACGAAAAUCCAUGGCACGUCGCAUCUGAGCUCCAGCAUCCAGGUUGCCGGUUUGGCCCUGAAGCACCGAUCCGAGAAGUCCCAACGGCAACGAAUCAUCGUGUUCUCGUGCUCCCCAAUCGCAGAAGAUGAGAAGACCCUGGUCAAGCUGGCCAAGAAGAUGAAGAAGAACAACGUCGCUAUCGAUGUGGUGGCGUUCGGUGACCUGGAGUCCGAUCAGACCAAGAAGCUGGAGGCCUUUGUGGAUAAUGUGAGCAGCGGCGACAGCUCCUACCUUGCGAUCAUCCCGCCUGGACCUCAUCUGCUUAGCGAAGAGCUCCAGGCGACCCCAAUCCUGGCGGGCGAGGAUGCUGGCGCCGGUGGUGCGUCCGGUGGCGGUGGUGGCGAGGAUGCCGGUGGAUUUAACUUCGAGGAUGCCGCCGAAAACGAUCCCGAGCUGGCAUUCGCUCUGCGGUUAUCCUUGGAGGAAGAGAAGAACCGGCAGGAGAAGGAAAAGCGCGAGCAGGAGGCUGCCGAGGGCAAGACCGAGCUGGGCAAUAUUCCCGAAGAGGGCCACGGCGAGUCGAGCGGUGACAAGAAGGAUGACGACAAGAUGGACACUGCGUAG